AGGAGCCCGGCAGCCGCAGCAGCCGCGGAGUCGCCUGGCCCCCAGACUGACUGGCACGGUGGAGAAACCACCUCGGAAACGGAAAAGCAGAUGGCCUUUCUCGCCUUUUCCAGUGUUUCUCUGAGCUGUCUUCCUGCUUUGCUGUAGCAAUGGCCUCUGGGAACUAUUAACAGGAGCAUCCCUGCAGGCAUCAUUCACUUAACUGGUGGACUGAAUUUGCUGUUAAAGAAAUCAUGUCCUCUGGAGGUGCUGAGGAUGACAUCCCCCAAGGAGAGAGGAAAACAGUUACAGACUUCUGUUACCUUCUCGAUAAAUCGAAGCAGCUGUUCAAUGGGCUGAGAGAUUUGCCACAAUAUGGACAAAAGCAGUGGCAGUCCUACUUUGGAAGAACUUUUGAUGUUUACACCAAACUCUGGAAGUUCCAGCAGCAGCAUCGACAAGUCCUAGAUAAUCGGUAUGGCUUGAAGCGAUGGCAAAUAGGCGAAAUUGCUUCCAAGAUUGGGCAGCUCUACUACCACUACUACUUACGCACAUCUGAGACCAGCUAUCUUAAUGAGGCUUUCUCCUUCUACUCUGCAAUCAGACAGAGAUCAUAUUACUCCCAAGUCAAUAAAGAAGACAGACCGGAGUUGGUAGUUAAAAAGCUGCGAUACUAUGCAAGAUUUAUAGUAGUUUGUCUUCUUCUCAACAAAAUGGAUGUUGUGAAAGAUCUGGUAAAGGAAUUAUCAGAUGAAAUAGAGGAUUAUACUCACCGUUUUAAUACAGAAGAUCAAGUGGAAUGGAACUUGGUGCUUCAGGAAGUAGCCGCUUUCAUUGAGGCAGAUCCUGUGAUGGUGUUAAAUGACGAUAACACCAUUGUUAUCACAUCCAAUCGCCUUGCUGAGACUGGAGCCCCACUACUAGAGCAGGGCAUGAUUGUGGGGCAGUUGUCUUUGGCAGAUGCACUCAUUAUUGGUAAUUGUAACAAUCAGGUUAAGUUUAGUGAACUGACCGUUGACAUGUUCCGGAUGUUACAAGCCCUAGAACGCGAGCCAAUGAAUUUAGCUUCUCAAAUGAAUAAACCAGGAAUGCAGGAGUCAGCUGACAAGCCUGCCCGGCGAGAAAACCCCCACAAAUAUCUGCUCUACAAACCCACCUUCAGCCAGCUGUACACAUUCUUAGCAGCAUCUUUUAAGGAGCUGCCUGCCAAUAGUGUGCUUCUGAUUUACCUGUCAGCCACUGGCGUUUUCCCCACAGGUCGUUCUGAUAGUGAAGGCCCUUAUGACUUUGGAGGUGUUCUUACCAAUAGCAACCGGGACAUUAUAAAUGGAGAUGCUAUCCACAAAAGAAACCAGUCUCACAAGGAAAUGCACUGCCUUCAUCCUGGAGACCUAUACCCUUUCACAAGGAAGCCCCUGUUCAUCAUUGUGGACUCUUCCAACAGUGUCGCCUAUAAGAAUUUCACAAACUUGUUUGGACAGCCGCUAGUCUGCUUGCUUUCUCCCACGGCAUAUCCAAAAGCUUUACAAGAUCAAUCUCAACGAGGUAGCCUCUUCACUCUCUUUUUGAACAAUCCUCUAAUGGCCUUCCUGUUUGUCUCUGGAUUGUCAAGCAUGCGUAGAGGCCUAUGGGAAAAGUGUCAAGAGUACCUUCGGAAAAUCAACCGUGAUAUUGCUCAGCUCCUGACCCAUUCACGUUCAAUAGAUCAGGCAUUUCUCCAGUUUUUUGGAGAUGAAUUUCUUCGCUUGCUUCUCACAAGAUUUAUCUUUUGUUCAGCCACCAUGAGAAUGCACAAGAUUUUUCGGGAAACACGAAACUACCCAGAGUCAUACCCACAACUGCCGCGGGAUGAAACAGUGGAGAACCCUCAUCUUCAGAAGCACAUUUUGGAACUAGCGGCCAUCUUGGAUGUUCGAAGUGUCUUCUUUGAAAAUACCAUUGAUGACUAUUAGAACCAAAACUCUCCUAUUGAAACAGUUUUCAUUCUCCACAGAUUUUAAAUGGUGCAGUUUUCUAAUGUGAUGACAGACACAUAGUGUGUUACUUAGUUUUUACUUUUUAAUUUAGGACUACCAUUUUAAAAGAAAACUGAAAACAAGUUCAAAUUUUUAGGGUCACUUAAAAUGCAGUCUUUUCAAGUGUCAAUCUUGAAAUCUUAAUUUUUUGGGGGGUUUGUUUUUGACAUCUGGAUACUUACUUGCAACAUCCAAUCCUACAACUCCAAUAGUCACUUCUCACCCUGAGAAGAGCAAGUUGUUUGUUUUUCAUACUGAGGAAAAACCAACACUUACCCUUGGAUCUCAUAUGUCUUACAUGAAUGUAGUUAUUCAUAAUGAUGAAACUGGCCAGCAUGAACUACUGAAAAUCAAGAACAGUAUCCUUCCCUGGUAUUUCUUUUCAUUCCAUAUUAUUAGGAAAAAAUGUGUGAUUCUUUGAAGCAUGGUGACAGUUCUUGAAAUCAUUGAAUUCCCUUAAAUAAUGUCAACAAUUCAGAAACCUUGGAUCAAUUUGCCUCAGAAAACUAAAUCUUUAAUUAGGACUUGAGAUGAUAAUGAAAUACUUGGAAUGUGUGAGUCCUGUGUUACGUGACAUUUGUUUGCAUAGUUUUCUUUGAAUGCUGGAAAUGAAAUAGGCAAUAACCUUUCAGUAAAAAAAACAACAACAAAAAAACCAAUAGUGGUUGAUUUCCUAGUAGUGUCUCCAAUAGGAAUUUUCCUUACACGCUUUAGUUUCUGGUAUCACACCAGAUUGAAGUCCGCAAAUAGUGCAGUUUCUGAUCUUUUAUGAUCUUUUAGCCUAGUACAAGUUUCCUAAGACUUCAAUGUUAGAUCUGCCUAGUGUCCGUUGAAGGUAUCUUGGUGUUAAGAAAGUAAAAUGUAUGUUGUGUGUUUUUUUUUUCAUUAACAGUUUAGGCAUAUGAUUUGAUAAAGACUUCCAUGGUAGUUUAUAUUCAUGUACAAAUGUUAUUUUAACUAGGACUCUGUAAUAUAAAGAUUUUUGUGCUUUACUCUCUUUCAUCCUCUUCAUCACUGCUAUAGAUAUAAAGAUUUUUCUCUGCAUCCUUUGAUGUACAACUUUCAAGUUUAGAAGCUUAUGAAUCAAAAGGCCUGUUACCUAAUAAUCUCUGUAUGGACUUGCGGCCUACCUCUGGCUGUACCAGGGGAAAUGAGGUGAUUCAUUUUAAAAACCUCUUUCCUAUGUCCCUUGGGAAUUUUUACUGUAAUAUGUUAUACUUGGUUGUCAUUUCUGGCCUAGAGAAUCAAUUUAGUAUUAAGUAUACAAUACCUGUUCCAAUUGGACUACUUUUUCAUCCAUAAUCAAAUCAUUGUUCAUAGAUUUAGAAACCUUCUAUGUUUCAUUUCCAUUUUAAAACCUAUUAUUAUUUUGGGUUUUUCUUUUAUUCUUUCUGACAGUGUUUGUUUCUAAAACCUUGGGGAAAGUUACUCUUGGAAGAGUUUUCUUUUGCCAAUGUAUUAUUUCUUAUUUUCAAAUAGAUUGCUUCCUUCCCUCCUUCCCCCCCCCCCCCCCCAGUAUCUCAGUAUAAAUUUCCCAGUUUUCCUUUCCUAACAGCACUUACCUGAACUUCAGCAGGAGACUUUCAUUAGUUAUCUGGCCUCUUGUUCCAGUCAUCUCAAAGUUCCAUGCUGGUUUUACUCCUUAUCACCUCCCAUUUUUUUUUCUCUGAUGUUAAAAGAAUUCUUAUUUUCCUGAGCUUUAUGUUUACCUGCUAAGCAAAAGGAGCACUGGUCUGAGAACCCGGAGAUGUGAGUUUUAAUUCUGGCCUUCUUAGUAACUAGAAUGAUGCCCUGUGAUAAAUGGCUUCAUGUCUCUUGCUUUUCAGCUCUCUGACAUGCAAAGAGGAGUGCUUGGUCCAAGGUAAUUUCCAAUUCUCAUCCUACAGUGCGGAUUCUUAGUUCCAAAAAUACUGAUUUGUCCACCAUUACCACCAGGAAAGCUCAUAUCUUGUGUUUUUACUCUAGGCAACAUACUUUUCUAGAUCAUGUUUUCGGAUAGUCUGUUUGAGAAAAUAUCAAGUCCUACUUAGCUGUUUUAGAGACUAGCUCUGAGAGAGAAUAUCGCAAAGAAUCUAGAGCCCAGGGCCAUAUGCCUUCUAGGCAAAAGCUAGGGCGCCACAUCUCCAGCCCUUCAUUCCACUUUAGAGGUUUAACUACCAGUAAAAAAUUAUACUCUCACCUCAGGAGACCAUGUUAUAAUCUAAAUUCCCAUAGUGAUUUCUAAGAAAGAUAGAUUUGUAAUCAUGAAAGCUUGUAAUAAAAAUAAACAAAAAUGGGCCAGAGAAAUGUUUGGCAGGGUAAAGUAGUACAUGUCUAUAAUCCUAGCACUCAGGGAUGAGGCAGGAGGAUUGUAAAUUCCAGGCAAGUCUAGACUACGUAGUGAAGCCCUGUUUCAAAAAAUAAAGUGAACUGAAAUGACCUUGAAUCUUCAAAGUCAGGGAAACAAAUUGCUGAACUAUUGUUUCACUUUUGACUUGCAGACAUGUAGCUAGUGAUUCACGCCUCUAACCCUAACUACUCUGGAGGCUGAGAACUAGAGGAUCAUAGUUCAAGGCCAGCUUGAGCAGAAAAGACUUUAUCUCCAAAAUAGCCAGCAAAAGGCAGGGCUGGAGCCAUUACUCAAGUGGUAAAGCAAGUAUACCUAGCAAGUAUGAGAUCCCGAGGGCCCAAAUUUAAUCCCUAGUACCACCCGCAGCCACUUUUCCACAGUUCCUUUGAAUCACUGGUGAAGCAAGCAAAUUUCUGGGUUCUAUGGAUAGUUCAAUGGUAGAGUGCUUUCCCAGCAUGUGCAGAGCCCUGGAUUCUACUUUAGCAAUAAAAAAAAAAAAGAAGAAGAAGAGAGAGAGGGGGAUUCCUUGUCUUAGAUCCAGCACUGAAUAGGUGAAAUCAGGAGAGUUGCAAGUUUGAGGCCAGCUUGGGUUACAUAGCAAUACCCAGUCUCAAAUAAAGAAAAAUACAAACAAAAUAUUCUUGUUUUCAGGAAGCUAAUGUCUUGGUGGAGAAAUAACGAGCCAGGCUUUGGUGGCUCAGGACUAUAAUCCUAGCUAUUCGAGAGGCUGGGAUCUUAGGAUCACAGUUUAAAGCCAGCCUGGGCAGGAAAGUCUGUGCGACUCUUA